AUGGCUGAGAAGAAAAAGAAGCCAUCUGAGAAGGAUAUUGAGGAUCCGACGGAGAAGGUUCCUUCUCCAUUUGCUGAGCCUCCUUCGUCAUCUAUGGAGCCCACUCCGUCUUCCAAGGGUGAGGUAGUUGAGCCCACUCCGGUGUCUGUGGAGUCGCCCACUCCCGUAGUCGUGGAGACGCCCUCUAUCACGCCUACUCUGGUGACCAAGGAGACGCCCACUCUGGUGGCAAUGGAGACACCCUCUGUCACGCCAACUCCGAUGGCCAAGGAGACGCCCAAUCCGGAGUCAAAGGAUCCAGGUAAGGCUCCAGUUACUUACCAGCGAAGAAAUCGUGUUCCAAGUACUACUUCUUCAGCACUAACGGUGGAGGUGCUUAUUGAAGGCGGCGAGGGGGAUCUUACGCACAUACAAUGGAGGGCAACAAAAACUCCGCGCUUCGAGAGAUCAAAGAGAAAGCCAGAAGUAUUAUCCGACUAUGUCCUCUCCAACAUUGUUACUAGCAAGUUGGACCCUUUGCAAAAUUCGAUAGUUGAGUUCGCACUUAGUACGACAAAAGAGAACGAUUCUGUGGAAUUUGUGGAGACUGCGAAGUGCAAGGUAUGUCGGUUACAUUUGCUGAGUUUGAAAUGUACUACAUGGGUGAAUCGUGUCGUUGUUGAGGCAUUUGGAUACGUACUACAAGGCCCCAAAUAUUACUACAAAAUAAUGUUUCUAAAUAUAAGUUCGCAACAACCGUAA